AUGGCACAUCAUGGCCUCACGGUGCCUCUCAUCAUGAUAAGUAUGUUCUGGGGCUUCGUCAGUUUCUUCGUUUCCUGGUUCAUCCCUAAGAGUCUUAGCAGGGUAGUUAUCAUCAUCCUGUUGGUGACCUAUUCAAUUUGCUGCUCUUUUUUUUGGCUGAUUGCAAUUCUUUCUCAUCUCAGUCCUCUCUUUGGACCACAGUUGGAAAAUGAAACCAGCUGGUAUCUGAAGCAUUAUUUCCUUGAGGAAGAAGACAUGCUCUAUAGUGCUAGCCGCUGA